UACUGCAUGACAUCAUAACAGCCCCGUGCAGCAGACCUGUCAUUGUUGCUACCGAUACGCCUCAUCGUCGGAGCCAGAUCCAGCGCUUUCUGUGGAAUGAGAAAAUGUCCUUGUCUGGCUGGGUGUGUGUGGUGACAGGUGCCUCCAGAGGUAUUGGCAGGGGAAUAGCUCUGCAGCUGUCUGAGGCCGGAGCCACCGUCUACAUCACAGGACGCCAGGAGAAGUCUCUGAAACAAACCGCCGCACAGGUUAAGGAGAGGGGUGGAAACUGUGUGCCGGUUAUCUGUGAUUCGACAAAAGACAAAGACAUUGAGGGGCUGUUUGAGCAGAUCAAACGUGAGCAGGAUGGCAGGCUGGAUAUCCUGGUUAACAACGCCUAUGCUGGAGUACAGGCCAUCUUUGAGAGCAUGGGGAGCAAGUUCUGGGAGAUUGAUCCGUCUAUUUGGGAUUCCAUCAACAACACAGGUCUCAGGGGCCACUAUUUCUUCUCAGUUUAUGCAUCCCGCCUGAUGGUGGCUCAAGGUCGGGGUUUGAUAGUCACCAUUUCAUCAAUGGGGGGGUUGCGGUACCUCUUCAAUGUGCCAUAUGGUGUCGGAAAAGCCGCAUGCGACAGACUGGCAGCGGACAUGGCUGUUGAGCUGAAAAGCAGGGGAGUGACUUCUGUCAGCUUGUGGCCGGGAGCGGUGCAAACAGAGUUGGUGUCUCAGUUGAUUCUUGAGAAAGACACAGUACAUGGUGUAAAUUGGAAGUUUAAAGAUGUCUUUGCCAGCGGAGAAUCCACAGAACUGAGUGGGAAGUGCAUCGUCAACCUGGCGACAGAUAAAAAUCUGAUGUCGCUGACUGGAAAAGUACUCAUGACCUGUGAUCUGGCAAGACGCUAUGGGAUACAAGAUAUUGAUGGACGGAGUGUAGCUGACUACACCUCCCUUAAAUUCCUCCUGACUCAGGUCCCGUAUCUCUCCUGGCUGUCAGCUGUUGUUCCUUCAUUCCUCCGCCUGCCACGCUUUAUGCUCACCCUGGCAAGCAACCGCUUCUGAGCGCUUCCUUUAUCAGUACCCAGGCGGCAGUAACAGACUGUUUAAACUACAUGGUCCAAAGUCUCGCUAAACCUGUAGCUGUCAUAUCGGUGGUUUCAGAUGAAGUCCAUUACUGAUGGCUUAAAGAUGACAGAGCAAUUAAGACAAUGCUGUUUAUUGAAGGAGUAUUGGUUAAGUUACUCUAAUACAUCCAUUGCUUCUUGAGUACUUAAUGAAUGCCGUUCUAUGAAUACUGAGGUAAACAAGGUAACCAUGAAGGAUGCUCUAGCAUGUUUUCUGUAUUUAACAUUUUGUUUAAAAACACUAAAGUCAGCUGUGGGUGAAGCCACGCCAUGUGAAAAUGACUUUAUUAUUACUACAUGUGCACUUUCUGAAGCAGUAUACAGAAUCUAAUUAUCUACAGAAAAAUAGGACACAUUUUAGAAACAUGAUUAUUUUUUCGUAUUUGUUAUAUAUCUAUCCAAUGUGUGUAUACACACAACACUACCAAUGCUUAUGUAACAACUGCUUAAAUAAAGAAAUGCAUCUUCAUAGAUGCAGAAUCGCUUCCAGAAAGAUUUGUAUAUACAUCUUGUUGAUGUCAUCCUAUUAUUUAGCAUCAAUAAUUGAUUAUAAUUGCUACCGCUGACUUUAGUAUAGUAAAUCACUGCUUUCUAGUUGCAGAACAUCAGCUGAUAUGAGUUCAGCGUAUUGCUCGAGGGCACGCAGAAGCGCUGGAACACUUGAUCGCACACUUCCAUCUUGUUUACAAAACAAAGAGGAAUCUAAGAGCUGCCUCAGUAUUUAUAAGUUGUUGGAUCGUAUUUGUAAGUCUAAACCUCUCUAUGUCAAAAUUGUGGUGAUAUUAUUGGAAAUCGCCCCCCAGCACAAAUUAAAAGGAUUUUAAUUAUUUGGAUUUUUACAAUCUGUUUAUUCACUCAAAUUCUCAGUUAGCUGUUCAGUUUAUUUUCUGGAAGCGUUAUUCAUCAACUUGAAGGUUUAAAAUGCUAUUUCAAAGACUUUACUGUCAGCGAAAAGCAUUUUCUUUGUUUAGUUAUUUGUUGUCACAAAGGCAGCUGAAUUUAAAUAAA